AAAAAGAGAAAAACUCCAACCCCUCUCUUCUUACCAUUUACAGUAUCACAAUUCACUUCCUCACUUAACAAUACAAUACAAAACACACAUCACUCCAUCAAACAAAACCUCUCUUCUCUCUUCCAAUCAAAUUCGAUUCUUCUUACGUAGCAUCCAGCAUUCCCUUCAUCGUUUUCCAAUCUCCUAUAUAACCAUAGACAAAAAAACAACCUUACAAAACACAAACACAUUACAAUCAACAAUGUCCAAUACUCUGCAGCAACAUCAACAGAGUCCCGAAUCGAAGCGUCUCGAUCCGGGUUCCAACGCUCGCCGGCCUGGACACCGGAGGUCGGUAUCCGCCGGAGCUCCGUUAAUCUACUCCGGCGGAGCCACCUUACUCCCAAGCGGGAACAUUUGUCCGUCCGGGAAGAUCCUCAAACCGGGCUUGCCCUCGCGCGGGCCGAACCGGACUGAUGUGUUGGGCUCCGGCACCGUGAACUACGGCCGGGGCAGCAUAGUGCGAGGCGUCUCGGGCAAUAUUCCGGUGCCCGUGGGCGCACUGCCGCCUACGGUGAAGCCCGCGCUCAGCGGCUCCGAUCCCGAGGAGUUGAAGAGGGCUGGGAAUGAGUUGUAUAGAGGCGGGAACUUUGCGGAGGCGCUGGCAUUGUACGAUCGCGCCAUCGCCAUCUCGCCGGGAAACGCCGCAUGCCGAAGCAACCGCGCGGCGGCGCUUACGGCGCUCGGGAGGCUCGCCGAGGCCGCGAGGGAGUGCCUCGAGGCGGUGAAGCUGGACCUUGCUUAUGCCAGAGCGCACAAGAGACUUGCUUCUCUUUAUCUAAGGUUUGGACAGGUUGAGAAUUCGCGGCAGCACCUGUGUCUCUCUGGGGUUCAAGAGGAUAAGUCUGAGGAGCAGAAGCUGGUGUUGUUGGAGAAGCAUUUGAAUCGGUGCGCUGAUGCGCGGAAAGUUGGUGACUGGAAGAGGGUGCUUAGGGAAUCUGAGGCUGCCAUUGCUGUUGGAGCAGAUUUUUCGCCUCAGAUUGUAGCUUGCAAGGUGGAAGCCUAUUUAAAACUGCAUCAACUUGAAGAUGCUGAAUCAAGUCUCUCAAAUGUUCCGAAGUUGGAAGGUUGUCCUCCAGAGUGCUCUCAGACCAAGUUCUUUGGUAUGGUUGGUGAAGCCUAUGUUCCUUUUGUGUGUGCACAGGUUGAGAUGGCCUUGGGGAGGUUUGAGAAUGCUGUUGCGGCUGCAGAAAAGGCUAGCAUGUUAGAUUGCAGUAAUGUUGAAGUUGGUAGGAUUGUAAAUGUUGUGAAAAUGGUUGCAAGAGCUCGUUCAAGGGGCAAUGAACUUUUCAGCUCUGACAAGUUUUCUGAAGCUUGUUCUGCUUAUGGGGAGGGCCUUAAGUAUGACAACUCCAACUAUGUUCUAUACUGCAAUAGGGCAAUUUGUUGGUCUAAACUUGGACUAUGGGAACAAUCGGUUCAAGACUGCAGCCAAGCUCUUAACAUUCAACCAAAUUACACCAAGGCCCUUUUCCGCAGGGCUGCGUCAAACACAAAGCUUGAAAGAUGGGUAGAAGUUGUAAAAGAUUACAAGGCCUUAAAACGUGAACUGCCUAACGACAAUGAAGUUGCCGAGUCUCUUCGACAGGCUCAACUAGCAUUAGAAAAAUCUCGACAAAUGGUAUAUGGUACUAAGUUUGGAGUUGAAGUUGAACAAAUCUGUGCAUUAGAUAAAUUUAAAGCUGCAUUAGCCUCUGCAGGUGUAUCGGUAGUAUAUUUCAAAGAGGCAUCAAACGAACUAUGUGAGGAAUUAUCUCCAUUCAUAAAUACAUUGUGUGUUAGAUAUCCCUCGGUGAAAUUUAUCAAGGUGGACGUGGAGGAGUGUCUAGCAAUAGCAAAAGCUGAAAGCAUAAGAAGUGUUCCAACCUUUAAAAUUUACAAAAAUGGAGAGAAGGUGAAUGACAUUAUCCGGCCAACCCAUCAAUUAUUAGAGGACUCAGUAAGAAAAAGUAGUAGUCUCUAGAUACAAGAAUUCAUACUCAUCAUUUGCAUUCACAUGCAUGCAACUAAAAACCACAGCAAUAUUGAAGAAUGUGCUUCAAGGAUGCACCAAGCCCUGUUUAGUUCAAAUUAGGAAUUUUAACUUCCCCUGUGAUACACUCACAUGGAUACCAAUUUUUUGCCGUGCUUUUGGCAGCAAAACCUGAGAGAUAGAUUUUAGAUGGCGUUUUGAAAUCAUAUGUGUAUAUCUUUUGCCCGGCAUCUAAUGUUCUUAUUUUCUUCUAUAUAAUCAAGCUCAAAAAGUGUUGUACUUCUUCCCUCCAUAUCCUUCAUUUUGUUGCACCAGGCUUGGUAGAAAUGCUACACCAAACAUAUUAUUGUAUUAGAUUUAGAUAACCUCAAACAAAAUAAAAUAGGAAAAAAGUUUGUCCAUGUCGAUUUUGGCAGGUCUUUA